UAUUAAAAAAAGAAGGUUCUUUCCUUUCCUUAGAAUUAUUUUAAGAAAUCUUUUCGUGAUUUUUUUAAAAUUAAAUUUAUUUCGGAAUUUUGUCGCCGUGAACAUUUAUUGAAAAUAUUACAGUAGACAGAAGGAAUGGAAAUUCAACAAGAAUGGUUUUAUCGCGAAUAACAGAGACUUUUGGUAAACAUUAUAUAAAUUCUUCUUGGAACCAUCUUGAUCCAAUCCUAUCCUUUUUAAUUCCCUUUCUUUUUUUUUAAUCCUGAAGGUAAACUUAAAAAAAAACGUAAAGAUCACAUACCCGACAUCUCUUUGCAAAUCAUAUUGAGCUUAGGAGAAAUCGAAUGGUAGUUUUGAUAAAAUUAUAAAUAUAUCCAUAAAUCGAUCGAAAGAAAUUUUUAAGAGAUAUUCCGCUCAAUGGGAAAAAAAAAUAAUAAAUAUUAUACAGAAAAUUAUGCGUAACGGGAUAAUUUUUAUUCCUUGUAAAAAUAAAUAUAUUAUCACCACAACAUAGUUAAAGCUAACACUUAUAAAUAUGUUAUCGAUUUAUUUAGAUUCCCAGGACUUCGAUUAUGUUUUCCUUUAUAAAUUCGCAUUUUAUAUUCGCGAACAUGGUAAGAUAGACUAAUCUCCUAUUCCAAUAACACGAUCCCUUAUAAAAUGUGAAGAUCGACUUCUUUUAAACUCUACAUAUAUAAUCGUCUAAUCUCCUUUAACAAUGUAACUUAUAAAUCAACAAAUAUGGCCACAUCAUUCGAAACAGCCUUGAAAGCCCUAACACAGCCCGCUCACCAGCAGAAUCCGAAUAUGAAUGACCAGAAUCAUCAUAAACUCCACUUUCCUAAAGUAACCCAUAACAGAACAGCUCAAAAUUCUCGACCAAAUCAACCACCGCAAUCUCAAUCACAUCAAACAACGUAUUAUAAUAAACCUCCUGUAGCGGGCAGCACUGGUAAAGUUAUCGUUCGCCCUACCCAGUCUACUCCGUCUGACCAGCAGCUAACCAAAUCUACUUUAGGCCAGAAAACCCCAUUAGCUAUUAAUCCCUCAGUUCCUUUGCCCAACAUAUCCAUAUGCAUCUCUCCCCCACCUGCAUCCUCCAAUGCUACUAAAGCUCUAGUAUCUAAUGUCUCUAAUAUAUUUAACUAUCCCAUUAUAACAGAUUCCAAAACCAAUCAGGUAACUGGUGGGCGAUUUGAUUUCGACGAUGGGGGAACCUAUUGUGGUACCUGGGCUGAAGGAAGAGCGGAGGGCUACGGGGUCUGCACCGGACCUAAAGGUAUGGGCGAGUUUAGCGGGCUUUGGCGAAAUGGAUUCGAAUCUAGCGGGAUUUAUACGUGGCCAAAUGGAUAUACCUACAGGGGGGAAUGGACUAUGGGAAAACGGCAUGGGACCGGAGUAGAACAGCGUACCAGGUGGACAUACGCUGGCCAAUGGACAUUGGGGUUAAAAGGACCUUUCGGUGUUAGGUCGGCAAUAGAUUUAGACCAUUCCACGCUACCACCUUCAUCCUUAGAUAGAGAAGGGCUGAAAAGUAAUGAGGGAAAGGAAGAUAUAGAAGGGAAGAAUGGAAAGAAUGAAAUAAUGAUGGCCAUAAGCGCAACUGAACAAAUGCCAUCGGCUGCAAAAUACGAAGGCACUUGGGCCAACGGAUUGCAAGACGGAUACGGCUCAGAAACGUACGGAGACGGAAGUACAUAUCAUGGUCAGUUUCUACGUGGUGUUCGUAAUGGUUAUGGAGUGCGGAAGAGUGUACCUUAUUUUAUGGCAGCUCGUCAGACUAUUAAGACUGGUCAAGCAGAGGUUAGGGGAGGGUUCGUUCUCAAAGCCGAUAUUUGGGGAUUGGGAGCAUCUAUCCAAUUGUCUACCACUACUGCUCAACAAGUCCCGGUUGGCGAUGAAACAAAAGGCUCAACGUCAACAGCUACUACUAGUGGUGUAGGAGUUAGCCUGAGCAACGAGGAAGAGAAAAGGCGAAUGGCUCAUAGGAAGAACAAGCUAGGAGACCUACUUGGUAUUCAAAAUCCUAAUUACCAAGCUAAGAAAAAAGGUGAAGCUUUAAAAGGUGGGAAACAUGACACAACAACCUCUGCACAUCAAUCCCCUUCCCAAUCACCAGUCAUUAAAAAAGCCCCUUUGUUAGGCGCGGCUAAACGGCUACUCAAAGAUAGCCAUAACCAAAUAAAAAGCCUGGACAGUCCUCAUUACGAGAUAACGGGCCAUGCGGCUAAAAGUCACUCACGUCAAUCAUUGAGUAGCAGAUGUCGAUCGCAACUUUCCAACAUAUUUAGUGACCGCCAAUCUUCCUCCUCAUUUGAGGAAACGGGUGCAAGUCGCGGUACCUCCUUGGAUAGACCCCAUAUCGCUAAUAAUAACAGUAACCUUAAUUCAAAUAAGUUGGCGUCUGCAGCUGAUCCUCAAGGCGGUAAAUUAUCAAAUUUUCUCAAAAUGGGUUUGAGCAAGAAAAAUCUCUUGACCAAGAUGAAUGAAUCUAUUGAUAGUAGCUCUUAUAGUGUCGGUUCCGCUCCGCCUACCUACAAUCCUAAUGCAGCAAACUUCAGCGACGUUUUAGACUUAGACACCCACGUGGAGGCGAACGUUACCGAAAUCUACACUGGCCAAUGGAAAGAUGAUAAGAGAUGCGGGUUCGGGGUGGCCGAAAGAUCGGACGGCCUUAGGUACGAAGGAGAGUGGGACGAAAAUUACAAAAACGGAUUCGGAAUAACAUAUCUACCCGAUGGAACCAUGUUGCCAGGAAAAUAUAGGAAUAACAUUCUAGUAUCGACCUACACUGUCCCCUUAUCUCAAACUUAUUCGGCGAGGGGCGUGGCUACUACCAACCUAAAAAAUAUUGAUUCUUUACUUCAAAGUUCCAAAUAUAAGAGUAUGAUGGCGGAGGAUAUGAACCAAUCCAACUCUUUGUAUAUGGAGCCUUACAAUAGAAGAAACAAACAACAAUUAACUAAAAGUUCUGAUAAAAAGGCCGCUACGAUUGGUGCUAAUAAAAAAGGAAUAGUUAACCGCAUAUUGAGUGCCAGUUCUCAUUCCCUUCAUAGGCUGAUCCCUUUAUCAGGCAAAGCUCGUUACCGGCCGGAUAAUUUUGACGUCAACGAUGAGUUGAUAGCCAGACAAAAGCAAGAUUUUCGGGAGCGACAAAGAAUAAUGGGUUCAAAAUCAGGCAAAUUGGCUCGUAUCAAAAAUCGAUUAGGAUUAAGACUAGAAGAAUCUGGAGGAGUACUAUUUGGCUCAACCGGUCUUGUACCAGGAUUUAGAACUACCAAAAAUAAAUUGAAAGAGCGGGUAACUAGCUCGGUAGCUCACGCUUUGAGAGCCGCCAAUACAGCCAAUUCCAAGGCCGAAGUGGCCUGUGUUAGAAAAUACACUGCUCAAGAAAAGGGUAAAGAAGCUCAAGCGUCAGCUAUCAAAGCCCAAAAUAAUUCCGACUUGGCCAGAUUGAACGCCAAGAAAUACGCGCCGGAUUUUCACCAACCUGGAACUGAUUUUCUCAAGAAACAAAAAUUAAAACAAGUGGUAAAAAAUAUUACUUCCAAAACUAAUCACAAACAACCUUAUGUUAAACUCGAAAUAAAGGAACCCGAUCUCUCAGAAAUAACACCGACGCAGAAGAUUGACAUUACAUCAAAUAUUGACCAAAAAACCAACAAACCCGUAUCGCCUUUUAGUAGAAAUGGAUUAAGAAGGAGUUUUAAUUCAUUUAUACAUCAGAGAUCUUUCUCCCUAAAACCAAAACGUUCCCAAAUUGAUAUAACCGAUGACAGCGAAACGCCUUUGAAAAAAAAAUCUAAAACAGGAAUUAUAGAGGAUAGGGAAUUGAGCGAGAAAGCGGUAAAAGAAUACCUCAAGAGGGAAAAAUACAUGAGACUUUCUAUCCCGUGUAACCUUACGCUCCCUACAGAAGAAGGAAAAGCAAUUUUAGCCAGUCCUGAAACGUUUACAAAAGCUCCCUCACUAACGUUAGACGAGAAAGCGGAAAGAGAUCGAAAAAUAACUUCCCAAAUCAUUCCAGAAAAGGAGGAUCGGACGAGAUUCGGUAUUGAUGACUACGAACAAUAUACAUCACAACAGGAUCAAACUGCUAGCCCUUAUCAGCACAGAGGUAACAAUAAAUUCGCCUCGAAUAAUAUAAAUAAUUUUAAAAGGAUGGCCACAUUAACAGGCCGUGCCCAGUUCUUCGACCAUUACACGCAAUACACUAGCGUCGAUUCGUUUUCCCAAGAUUCGUCAGAGAGUUUUAUAGAACCAUCACCUAAAUCCGUUAGGGUUAAACAGUUCACGAAAACUCGCAAAAAAACUACACCAAAUAAACUCGAAAAUUUUACAGUAGAUUCUAAGACUUCUGGAGUCUCUUCACGUUUAUCUUCCUUCUCUUUCCCAUCCUUAUUUUCAAAUGAUUCGCUCAAGGAAAUUUAUUUCAGUAAGAGACGUCUUAGAUCUUUUCGAAAAUAUUCUAAUCAAUCAAUACCUUUCAAGACACCUUCUUCCAAUGUCAAGCAAACAUCCAAACUCGAAGCCAGGAGAAGGUUAUUAAGCGAGCUACCCUAUAGUUAUAACUUGAAAACCAUUCUGGCCAUUAAAUCAUUUAUAAUACCUUUCAUCUCUUCAUCAACUUACCAUCCUAUUUCUAAAGAGCGGUGGUUUAAACCGGGAUCGAAUGGGCUCAUAAGACGGUCAAUACGAGCAAUAAAGCCGAUUAAUAAAAAACCUUUAUACUUCGAACCAUUCCCUUGCGAUACAGUUAAUUUCCUAACUGGCAGCCUCCCAAGUUUAUACUGCAGCCCUAUUUCCAAUCAACUCUACAUGGUCGGGCACUCUUCCUUCUGGACCCGAGAAAAUAUUUCAGCUAUGAGUCACGCUGUGAGGUUGGAUCGGAUACAUAAAAAUCUCUCCAUCGAAAACCAAUAUGGGUUUUUUAGACCCAGGUUUCUGAGAAAUCUAUUUAGAUCCUCGGGCAAAUUUAAUUCAAUCCAGGAUAGAUCGCUGCAUCCUUCAUAUAGUUUAUCAUAUAGUCGACACUCAAUGCCGGCAAACCAUAUUUUAGAUGAUUUUCGUCUCUCUCCCAUUGGAGUUAUUAGAGAUAGAUUUCCCACCCCAGAUAGGAAUAGACCCAAUAUGCCCCUUGUUGGAGAAUUAAGGCACGAGGCCGAUAUUGGGCCCCAACCAUGUAUCAUAUCGCGCCCCAUUGGGUUCAUUCAAGAAAUCUUAUAUGAUUUGUCACGCGAUAUCGAUAUAUUGAGAAAGUGGGUAUCGAAGCAGAGAAUAGCAAUCCUACUAGCUAUUUUCAAUGCUAUCAUGUUAGCUGUAUUUUAUCAUCUCAUAUACUAUUGAACAGAGAUCUAUUUAUAUCUUAAGCAAAAUUCCAAACCAAGAGUAUAACAUAGAUUGCGUGUAUCUAUGUAAUCGAGCCUUUUUCUCCCUUAACAAUCAAGAUCUAGUGCCUUAAACGUCAUGUGACUAUUAAAACAUUGAUUCAAACUUAAAAAUUAUAUUUUUAUUACUUUCCACACAAUUUAUUAUGACAUUUAUAUGUAUAGUGUAUUAUAAAUCAAAAGUCUUCCCUAUAGAUAAAUAUUUUGUAACUUUUGCCUGGUCAUAACAGCCAUUGUUAUUAUUUUUAAAUGAAUUGUAUCAUAGUAUUAUAGCCAAAUUAUUAUAUAACAUAACAUAUUAUAUUUUUAAUAAUCACUAAACAAUGAUUCAAAAUUCCCAAAUAAUGUCAGGUUUCAUAAAAUUAAUUUUUAAAAAAAACAUAGUUUUUAAAGUUCUAUAAUCAAAACCUUUUGAAAUAGAAACAAAGAUUUUUUUUUUAAAAUAAAGACAACAUAACCAAGAUUGACCAAAAUAUUAUUUUGUCGGAGGUUUUAUUAAAUAUUUUUGUGUUAUUGUUGAACUUGUGAUAUUUCUAUAAUUUUGAAA